ACGCGCUCCAAAUCGGCGGCGCCGCGCACGGAAGGGAAGUAGGAAGACGGAAGAAAGGACGUUGAAUAAACUUGCCAACUUUUAGCCGAUGUGCUACUAAUAUAAUUCGAUACUAUGUUAAAGCAGGAACUGGUGACCAAUUUCGAUGCAAAUCAAGUCAGCUAACCAAAAGCCCAGUCUACUUUCAGUUACCGCUCUCUGGAACAGGGAACUCCAGCAGUUUUCAAACAGACGCUGUAACACUUGACCAACCGACCACAACGACCCACCGUCACAAAGUCACAUUUAGUUAGCUGGUUAAGUGCAGUGAUAACCAACACACUUUAGUAACGUUACACCCUCAAAGCUCGCUGGCACAACGGGAUUCCGCCUUUUUCUCCUUGUGGGAAAAGUUGUCCGUGGUAGUGGUGGAGAAGCCAACGAGGCCUGCGGGAGAGGAGGCUGCAUGUGUGAAGACUGCUGCUGGCGAGGAGUGACUCACACUACGUUAGCUAAACACUGAAACAUGUCGGCCCAGGCACAGAUGCGGGCGAUGCUGGAUCAGCUCAUGGGGACGGGAAGAGACGGAGACACCAUGCGGCAGAGAAUCAAAUUCACAGAUGAGCGGGUCUGCAAAAGCCACCUUUUAGACUCAUGUCCUCAUGAUAUCCUGUCGGGCACGAGGAUGGACCUGGGAGAGUGUGUAAAAGUCCAUGACCUGGCACUCAGAGCUGAUUAUGAGAUUGCUUCCAAGGAGCAGGAGUACUUCUUUGAGCUUGAUGCUGCUGAACACCUUCAGUCUUUCAUCGCUGACUGUGAUCGUAGAACUGAGCUGGCCAAGAAGAGACUUGCUGAAACACAGGAUGAAAUCAGUGCUGAGGUGGCUGCAAAGGCUGAGCGUGUCCAUGAGCUGAAUGAAGAGAUUGGGAAGUUGUUGGCCCGGGCUGAGCAGCUAGGAGGUGAGGGAAAUGUAGAUGAGGCCCAGCAGUUGCUAGAAAAGGUGGAGAAGACACGAGCCUUGAAGAAAGAGGCAGAGGAUGUUUACAGGAACUCAAUGCCAGCCUCCAGCUUUCAACAGCAAAAGCUUCGGGUCUGUGAGGUGUGCUCGGCCUACUUGGGGCUCCACGACAAUGAUCGACGCCUUGCUGAUCACUUUGGGGGCAAACUGCAUUUGGGCUUCAUUGAAAUCCGUGAAAAGCUUGAAAAGCUAAGAAAAGCAGUUAUAGAGAAACAAGAAAGAAUGCGAAUGAAAAGACGAGAAGAACGUGAAAGAGAAGAUGAACGAGAUAGACAGUGGGAGAUGGAACGGGAACGAGAAAGAGAGCGAGAAUGGGAUAGAGAACGAGAAAGGGAGCGGGAGCGUAGGAGGUCCAGAUCCAGAAGUGGAGACCGUUACAGAGAUGGAGGCAGUUCAUCCUCCCAUCAUUCCAGGCGCCAUCGCUCCUCCCGUUCCAGAGAAGAAGGUGGAGAACGAGAUCGGGAUAGAGAAAGGAAACAUCGGCACAAGGACAGGCACCGCUCACGCUCCCACUCUCACAGGCACAAAAGGAAGAGGUCUUCCAGAGACAGAUCCUCUCACAACCGAGACAAAGAACGCUCACUGUCGCAGGAAAGAUGGAAGGAGGGAGCAGUGGAGGGAUGGCGAGAAGACAAGGCAGAGUUGGCUGACUGGGACAACAGGGAGAGGUCCACGUCUCCAGACACGGCCAGAGGCAGGGAACGGGAAAGGUCCCUGUCAUACGAGAGGGACCGACGCUCCACCUCUGAGGAACGAGAGUCUGGAGAGAUAUGAACAGGAGAGGACUCCCCCCCAAGUUUUUUUUUUUUUUUUUUGGGGGGGGCGGAUUUGGAUAUAUUGUUUAGUAAAAGGAGCAUGGAGAAAAGAUGAGUGUGUCAGUGUGAAUGUGUGUGUGUGUCAGCUUUGGAUGUGUUCAUGUUAAAAGUUGAACAUGUAUAUUAGCAGUGUAGGUGGAUGGUUGAAACAUAAUACAGGGAUGAGGGAACAACUUCAGCUGUGGCAGUCAGGCUAACAUUUAAGCUGACUUUGAAAUGUGAGCCCAGCAUGACCUGGAAGCAAUACAUGGACUUUAAUGCCACCUCAUCAAACUUCUGUACAAUUACUCUGGCAUAGAUAAGGGGAGGUUAGGAGAAAUAACCAAAACCUUUUAAAUUAGGGCUGGGCAUUAUGGCAAAGAAAUUUAAUCCUAAUUUUCUUUUAUUUUUAGUGUUACAAGCAAGUGAUCAUUUUAAUUUUUUCUGGUUAUAUAAAAUCAGGUCAAACAUUUAAAAGUAGUUUUCUAUCUUUAUGCCUAUAUGUGCAAUAUCAAACAGUAACAAAAUGUGGCACUAUAAAGGGUGCCAGCAUAUAUUAUUUGCCAAAAUAGAUAUUUAAAAAACAGAAGCCCAAGUAAUAUAUUACAACAAAAAAAUCCCAAUUCUAAUUUCCACACUGAAUUGUUGAAAAGACAAACUAAUCUCAUCUCAAGUCCUGUCAAUUUAGGCAUUUGCAUCCAUUAAAAAGCAAAACCUCAGUUGAAUCCAUUGCCCAACCCUACUUUAAAUCUGUUUUAAAAGAAGUGCUAUUAUUUUUUUUAUUUUUAAAGUUCCUCACUGUGUUCUCUUCUGUUCAAUUAGAAAUCUGUUGUUUUCAAUGGAUUUACACUCACUGCUCGGAUUCAUUCAUGUGGGAAGAUUAGCUGUGAUGGACUGAAGAGAUUUCUGAUAUCUUUUGUUUUCUUAGCUGCCUUCAAGCCAUAACAGUCUUAUUUGGUAAAUCUCACACACACACACCCCUAGGUCUCUGCCUUUAAAACAUAAUGCAGUGAUGAACGUUUGUUUUGAGAGGAAAAAAUUGAAAUGUCCCUCUAUCUCCACUCAGUUCCUGAUGUUUGAACGCAUAUGGAUGUGCAUAUUUACAUACUGACACUUCGGGUCCAGGGGUAUGCUAUAGUUGAGGCUGGAUGUACUGGGGAGCCUACUUUGCUGUGUCAUCAUAAAGUAAAUAAACCUUUUCAGCUUCCACUGAAAUGGACUGUGUUAAACAUUCUUCUCCCCCUU